AUGGAUGCCCCUAACAGCACGCCAGACCAGGACAAAGAAGGAGAACAACAGACCACUGUGUUGCCAAUUGCUUGUGAAAAAGACAAUUCGCAGGAAGCUUCUGAUCAUGUCCCACCACAGCUCUCUCUUUCGCCACAGGAAGCAGAAACAAGACAUACCUUGGCGUCCGAGCCAUUUCAACCUAUUCUGAAGGUGCUAGCAGACCUCGAACGCGACGAUCCCAAGUUCGCCUUUCCAGCAGGUCGAAUUGUCGGACUCUAUCGACGCCUAUGGGAGUCGUGCGUGUCCAAACACGUCGAUGGCCAGAACCUAGAGCAGAGCAAUCAGAUCUUGAAGGAGGCUAGCACACACCUGACUAAAGAGAGGGAUGGACUUCAGCUGCGCCACGACAAGCAGCUGUCUCGGCUGCGCUUCUUUGAGCAGGCACUGGAAUCAUCUCGGGGUCGACUGACUUGCGUACUUGAUGAUUGGAACCACCCGUCCAGACUCAAUCUACAUGUACCAGGGUUCUUGGACAACGCAAGAGAAGGGUGA